AUGACGCUAGCCGUCGUUCUAGCCCAAACUGAAGAUUCGACGCCGCGGAAGGCCUCCUCGGCCGAGGCGUCCCCAGCCGGAUCGCCGCAGAAGGAAUCGGCCGUCACCAUCGCGAAGCUCCUCUCCGGCGAAGACCCCGCGGCGACGGAGGCGAAGGCCACGCCGGACAAGGACAAGGUUACACCUCCGAGCGACACUGGGUCACUCGCCGCGGCCGCCGCCGUUACUGCCGUUGGGGGAGUCGGAGGCGGCUUGGGGUCCAAGAGGUGGCUCCUUGGCGGCGUCCCGGAGAAGGUGCGGCGCGCGGAGCUGAGGAGGGCCGAGCUAGGGUUUAGGGUUUCAGCCGCCGUGUUCUGCCUGGUCGCGCUCUCCGUCAUGGCCGCCGAUACCACGACGGGCUGGUCCGGCGAUUCCUUCCGCCGCUACAACGAGUACAGGUAUGUACUCGCUGCGAGCGUCCUGGCUUUUACCUACUCUGGAUUCCAGUUGGUAGCCGAGGUGCAUUACCUUGUUACAGGGAGGCGCAUGAUUCGAGCCCCAUUCCGCAGCUACUUCAAUCUUGCCAUGGAUCAGAUGUUAGCUUACCUCCUAUUGUCAGCAUCUUCAGCAGCACUUUCUCGUAAUGGUGUUUGGAUGUCUCGGUUUGGAGGGGAUCAAUUUACCAAACUGAUCAAUGCCUCAGCUUCCAUGGCAUUCCUAGCUUUCAUUGCUCUUGGUCUUAACUCAGUCAUCUCUGCUUACUGUGUCUUCAGCUUGGUUUCAUAG